AUGGCCAAUGCCUCAACAGACCUGGACAAUGCUGAGGCACAGAGACAACUCAACAACAACAACAGGCCUGCAAGCACAGGAUUCUGGGAAUCAGAGACCACCAGUGCCAAACUAUUUGAGUGCUCUCGCAUCAAAGCACUAGCAGAUGAGAGGGACGCAGUACAGAAGAAGACCUUCACUAAAUGGGUGAACUCUCACUUGGCCCGUGUGUCCUGCCGGAUCUCUGACCUGUAUAAUGACCUGAGAGACGGCUACAUGCUCAUCAGACUACUGGAGGUGCUGUCAGGAGAGCUGCUGCCUCGGCCUACAAGAGGCAGGAUGCGGAUCCAUUGUCUGGAGAAUGUGGAUAAGGCUCUUCAGUUCCUCAAAGAACAACGGGUUCACCUAGAAAAUGUUGGUUCUCAUGAUAUUGUGGAUGGAAAUCACAGGCUCACUCUAGGCCUCAUCUGGACCAUCAUCCUUCGCUUCCAGAUCCAGGUGAUUAAGAUUGAGACUGAAGACAACAGAGAAACACGUUCAGCAAAAGAUGCACUACUUCUUUGGUGUCAGAUGAAAACAGCAGGGUACCCUGAAGUUAACAUUCACAACUUCACCACCUGUUGGAGGGACGGCCUGGCUUUCAACGCUCUCAUUCACAGGCACAGGCCUGAUUUAAUUGAAUUCCACAAGUUGACCAGAUCCAAUGCAACACACAACCUCCAGCAAGCCUUUAACAUCGCUGAGCAGAGUCUCGGACUCACUAAACUAUUAGAUCCUGAAGAUGUAAACACAGAGAAUCCAGAUGAGAAGUCUAUCAUCACAUAUGUAGUGUCCUACUACCAUUACUUCUCCAAAAUGAAGGCACUUAUUGUUGAAGGGAAGAGGAUUGGAAAGGUGCUGGACAAUGCUUUAGAAGCUGACAAGAUCAUUCGGCGUUAUGAGGCAUUAUCAUCUGACCUGUUGGAGUGGAUCGAGAGAACCAUAAGCAUCAUUAGCAACCAGAAGUUUGCUAAUUCGCUAUCUGGCGUUCAGCAACAACUUCAAGCCUUUACCACCUACUGCACCAUCGAGAAGCCCAUAAAGUUCCAGGAGAAAGGAAAUCUGGAGGUGCUGCUUUUCACCAUCCAAAGUAAGCUCCGAGCUAACAAUCAGAAGCCAUAUGUGCCUCACGACGGGAAACUGAUCUCAGACAUUAAUAAGGCAUGGAAGAGAUUAGAGAAGGCGGAGCACGAGAGGGGCGUGGCUCUUAGAAAAGAGCUGAUUCGUCAGGAAAAGCUUGAACUUCUGUCUCAACGAUUUGACCAUAAGAUCACCAUGAGGCAGGCUUGGCUAAAUGAAAACCAACGUCUCGUCUCACAGGAUAACUUUGGCUAUGACCUGCCAGCGGUAGAAGCAGCCAUGAAGAAACACGAGGCGAUUGAAGCAGACAUCUUGUCGUAUGAGGAGCGCAUCACUGUGGUGGUGGAGCUAGCAUGUGAGAUGGAGUCAGAGGGCUACUAUGACAUUCGUCGUAUCUCUGCACGCAAAGAAAACAUCCUCAGCCAGUGGAGUCUUCUGAAGGAGCUGGUGGUGGGACGCAAAUCCCGCCUGGAGAAGAAUGUGGCCCUGCAGAAGACCUUCCAAGAGAUGGUCUACAUGAUCGAUUGGAUGGAGGAAAUGCAGGUUAAGCUGCUCUCCAAGGACUAUGGUAAACACCUUCUUGAGGUGGAGGACAUGAUUCAGAAACAAAGUUUACAGGAGGCAGACAUCGCAAUACAGGCUGAUAGAGUUCAAAUUCUCAACACUGCAGCUCUCAAAUUCACCAUAAUCAAAGGUUACCAGCCAUGUGACCCUCAGGUCAUUUGUAACAGGGUCAGCCAUGUAAACACCUGCCUGGAAGAGUUAAAGCAGCUGGCUGCAAAGCGACGGUCAGAGCUGGAAGAUUCAUGCGAAUUAUGGGCCUUCAUCCAAGAGGUGGAAGAAUCAGAGGCUUGGAUCCGGGAGAAGACCUCAAUUUUGGCCACUCAGAGCUGUGGAAAAGACCUGAGCAGCGUCCUGCGACUGCUACAGAAGCACAAAAGUUUAGCCGGAGAACUGCUGGCCCGCCAAGCCUUGCUUCAGCAGACCAUGAUGAAGGGCAAGCAGAUCCUCACCCAGAAGAGCUUUGGUAUGGUAGGAAUACAAGAGCGACUGAUGGAUGCCAUGGCGGAGUGGAAUAGACUGGAAGACCAUGCUGCACAGAGGCUGUGUAACCUACAAGAUGCGCUAGACUUUUUUCAAUUCAGCACAGAGACGGAUGAUCUACUAGUUUGGCUUCAAGAUGCAUAUCGGCUUGUUUCUAGCGAGGACUUUGGACACGACGAGUACUCCACGCAGUCGCUCCUUAAAAAGCACAGAGGUGUGCGAGACAGUAUUGACAAACACCGCGGUCAAGUAGUAAACCUUCGAAAACACAUGGUUGCUUUGCCGUUGGAUUAUCGGGAGCUGGAUGAGGUGCGAGCACGAAUGGCUGAGACGGAGCAGCUCUAUACAGAGGUGGCUGAAGUCGGCGUGUUGCGGCAGCAGUGGUUGCAUGACGCACUGGCCGUGUAUCGCAUGUUUAGCGAGGUAAACGCCUGUGAGGUGUGGAUCGAUGAAAAGGAGCAGUGGCUGAAUAAAAUGGAUGUUCCAGAGAGACUAGAAGAUGUGGAGGUGGUAGCACACAGGUUUGAGAGCUUGGACCAGGAGAUGAACAGCCUAAUGGGCAGAAUACUGGAUGUUAAUCAGAUCGUCCAGCAGCUUUUAGACAGCGGCCACCCCAGUUCCACUGAAGUAAGGGGAUGUCAAGACCACCUGAACAGCAGGUGGAACCGUAUCGUCGAGCUGGUUGAGCAGAAGAAAGAUCACCUGGACUCUAUCCUACGAAUUCAGAACUACUUACUGGAAUGCACAGAGAUCAAAUCCCAGAUUCAGGAAAAGCGGAAAGCCAUAGAUGCCACACAGUAUGUGGGAAGUGACCUGGGCAGUGUUCUGGCCCUGCAGCGGAGGCUCUCCACCAUGGAAGGCGCUCUUGCGGUUCUUGAGCCCAAACUUAUUCACCUCCAGGAGGAGGCAGAGGAACUCGCCACAUCCCAUCCAGACAAGUCAGUAGACAUCCUGGUUCCCUUCGAGGGCAUCAGCGUGGAGUGGGAGGAACUGAAACGGACAUUGCAAGGUUGUGAGGACUCCUUAACCGUUGCUGGUCGCUUGCAACAGUUCAUUCAAGACUUGGACUCAUUCCUCACCUGGUUGGUGCAAACCCAAACUGCUGCUGCCUCAGAUGAGCUUCCCAAUGUUUUAGAGGAUGCAGAGCGGCUAAUUAACCAACACGCCGCACUUAAAGAGGAGAUAGGAAGAUAUGAAGAGGACUACGAGCGCCUUCAGGCUGUGAAUGAGCUUUUAGAGUCAGAGGAAGCCCCGUUACCUCAUGGAGCUCUGCAGCAGUGGCUACACAAGCUGGAUGUGGGCUGGAACAAGCUGCUGGAGAUGUGGGAGAGCAGAAGAGAGGUGCUGGUGCAAGCUCAUAUCUUCCAUCUCUUCCUGAGGGAUGUCAAGCAGGCUGAGGCCUUCCUCAAUAACCAGGAGUCAGCUUUAGCCCAUGUGGAGCUCCCCACCACAGUGGAGACAGUAGAGGCAGCCAUUAAGAAGCACAAAGACUUUACCACAACCAUGGAACUCAACCUUCACCGCAUUAAAGCUGUCAUAGAGGCAGGAGAGAGUCUCAUUAGCCAGAACAACAUCUAUUCAGAGCGGAUCAGAGAGAGAGUGGACCUGCUCGCCAACAGAGGGAACCAGAAUCGAGAACUUGCUCAACAGUGGCUUCGUAAACUGAAUGACCAGUGGGAACUCCAGAGGUUUCUACAAGACUGCCAUGAGAUUGGUGACUGGGUUGCAGAAAAGAUGCUAAUGGCUCGUGACGCCUCCCGCGACGAGACUCAGAAACUCCAUAAGAAGUGGCUAAAACAUCAAGCCUUCAUGGCAGAACUUGCUCAGAACAAGGAGUGGCUGGACAAGAUGGAGAAAGAGGGCCAGCGGUUAAUGCAGGAGAAGCCGGAGCUGAGCGUGAUGGUCAAGAAGAAACUGGAGGAGAUCCGUGAGUGCUGGCAGGAUCUGGAGAGUACCACCCAAGCCAAAGCUCGGCAGCUGUUUGAGGCCAACCGAGCUGACUUGCUGGUACAGAGCUACUCCAGUCUGGACCAACGGCUCGAGCGGCUUGAAGGACAGCUGGCACAUGUGGAUUAUGGCCAGGACCUGACCACUGUCAAUAAGCAGCUCAAGAAACUACAGACGAUGGAGUGUCAGAUGGAGGACUGGUAUAAAGAGGUAGGAGAGCUACAGGCCCAGGCGACCUCGAUCCCUCAACAGGGGGAGGUCAUGGAAAAGGUGUCUGAGAAGCAGGCCGGUGUGGAAACACGAAUUGUACAACUUAUUGAACCUCUGAAAGAGAGACGUAGGAUCCUGCUGGCCUCUAAAGAAGUGCACCAAGUGGGCCGUGACCUUGAGGAUGAAAUUUUGUGGAUACAAGAGCGUCUUCCAAUGGCCACUUCUCAGGAACAUGGAACAAGUUUACAAGCUGUACAGCAACUCAUGAAGAAGAAUCAAAGUCUGCAGAGAGAGCUUCAUGGUCAUCGUUCACGGGUGGAAGAUGUUCUGGAGCGAGCAGGGGUUAUCGCAUCCAUCCGCAGUCCAGAGGCAGACAGCAUCAGAGCAGGCAUGGAGCAGCUCCAUCACCUGUGGGAGGUGCUGUGGGUAGAGACAGAGCGGCGACAGCUCACACUGGACACUAUGUACCAGGCGCAGCAAUACUACUUCGACGUGGGAGAGGUGGAGACUUGGCUCAGUGAGCAGGAACUGCAUAUGAUGAAUGAAGAGACGGGAAAGGAUGAGGCCAGUACUCUGCAGUUACUGAAGAAACAGCUGGCGCUCGAGCAGACCGUAGAGGACUAUGCUGAGACUAUCGGACUCCUCUCUCAGCAGUGUAGGCAGCUUCUGGAGCUCGGGCAUCCAGACUGUGAGCAGAUCAGUAAGCGUCAGUCUCAGAUCGACAGGCUAUAUGUGUCUCUGAAGGAUCUGGUGGAGGAGAGGAAGUCUCGACUGGAGCAGCAAUACUGGCUUUAUCAGCUCAACAGGGAGGUGGAUGAACUUGAGCAGUGGAUAGCAGAGAGAGAAGUCAUUGCCAGCUCCACUGAACUCGGACAGGACUUUGAGCAUGUUACGAUUCUGCAGGAGAAAUUUACUGAGUUUGCCACAGAGACGGGCAGCCUGGGGCAAGAGAGGGUCACAGCUGUAAACCAGAUGGUUGAUGAGCUCAUUGAUUACGGGCACGCAGAUGCCGCCACCAUCGCUGAGUGGAAGGAUGGAGUAAACGAGGCCUGGGCCGAUCUGCUGGAGCUGAUGGAGACACGGGGACAGAUGCUCUCUGCCUCGCACCAGCUUCAUAAGUUCUUCUCAGACUGCCGAGAGGUGCUAUCACAGAUUGACGAUAAGCAGCGGAGGUUACCUGAGGUUCGAGCCUGUCAAGGAGGCACAUCAAACACAAGCACUCUUCAGAGACUCAUGCAGACUUUUGAACACGAUAUUCAGCUACUUGUUGCACAGGUUAGAGGGUUACAGGAGAGUGCGGCCCAGCUCAGAACGGUUUAUGCUGGGGAGAAAGCAGAAGCUAUUGCCAUGCAGGAACAGGAAGUGAUGCAAGCGUGGAAGGAGCUGCUUAUUUCCUGUGAGGACUGCCGAAUGCAGAUCACCACAGCGACAGACAAGUUGCAUUUCUUUGGCAUGGUGCGUGAUCAGCUGAUGUGGAUGGACAGCAUCAUCUGUCAGAUAGGAACUGGGGAGAAACCAAGCUCUUUUCGCAGAGCUUUAAUGGAAUAUGGGCUCUCUGGUGCUUGCAGGGAUGUGUCAUCUGUGGAGGUCCUGAUGAACUAUCACCAGAGCCUCAAGAGUGAGGUGGAGGCACGCGACAAGAGCAUUGUACAGUGUAUUGAGAUGGGCAAGACCUUACUGGCCGCACGUAACCCUGCAUUAGAAGAGAUCAGAGACAAGCUGGAGAAGGUUUUGGCCAAGCAGAGAGAGCUCACUGAGAAAUGGGACAAACACUGGGUAGAGUUGCAACAAAUGUUGGAGGUGCAUCAGUUUGCUCAGGAAGCAGUGGUAGCGGAGGCCUGGCUCACUGCUCAGGAGCCCCUCCUCAGUAGUAAUGAACUGGGCGGCAGUGUGGACGAGGUGGAGCAGCUGAUUCGCAGACAUGAAGCCUUUCGCAAAGCAGCAGCCACUUGGGAAGAACGAUUCAGCUCCCUACGCCGUCUCACCACGGUGGAGAAGAUAAAGGCAGAGCAGAGUAAGCUUCCUCCAACUCCCUUGCUGGGACGGAAGGUUUUCUUGGACCCUCAGGACUAUUCCCCUGCCCGCAGUAGCCCUUCCUCUCUAAUAAGACAGACCAUCUAUGAGCAGGGUGAGCGCAUCACCCCUCAGCCCUCUCCUUCUUCCGUAGCCCGCAGACUGGGUUCCACUGUAGCCAACUACACUCCCGUCAUGAAUGGAGCUGCUACUUAUCGCAUUCAGGAAACCAAAAAUGCUGGGAUUGUUGGUGUGGCUGCAGGACUGGGGACUGCUAUGGAGCAUAAAGUCAUCCAAAUGCAUGAUGAAUUUAAAGCCCCACAGCAGAAUAUGGAACACCUGCAUGAGGUGGUGCGCCCCCUGCUGGAGAGAGAGAGGGCGCGGGAAAAUUAUCACGAGAAUGUGAUGGCGGAGGUGGUUCUCCAUGAACCAGGUGGAGGAAAGGAGCGCCUUAACAGCGGGGCAGGAGGGAGUGGGAGCAGUCGUUCAGAGCUUGUGGUGGAGCAACAUCCACCGCCAAGGGAAUCGCGGUUGGAGAGGCAGCUAUCCACUGAGCAGCUGGUUCAGGCACGUAGGGAUGAGCUCCCUCAGGAGGUGUGGAGGGAACGAGCUGAAAGGGUGGAGAGGAGGUUGGAGAGACAGACAUCUAGUGAACAGGAGGGACAUGAGGUGCGACGCAGGGAAAGACACAGACUGGAAAGACAAGAGAGCAGUGAGCAGGAGGCCAGGGAGCAGUCAGAUAGACGCUCCAGGGGUGGGGACAAAAGGUCUACACUAGCUGAGAUUGUGGAGCAGCUUCAAGAAAGAGAAGCAGCACAGGCCCGAGGAGAGAUUCCACGCCUACCCAAUGGCUUUCCUGAGAAGUCAACUAGACCAGACCGGCCUCGAGCCAGAGACAGACCCAAACCAAGGAGAAGACCACGACCCAAGGAGACAACAGCUGGAGAAACACGCCGCUCAAGGUCUGCACCGGCCCAGGGCAGCCAACCGGUGCCCCUGCCGCCCACCCACACAGCCCAGCACGAAGGGUUCCUCUUCCGCAAAAUAGACAUUGAUGGACAGAAGAAGAGUUCAAACAGCAGAUCCUGGGUGAACCUGUACUGUGUGUUGAAUAAAGGUGAGCUGGGCUUCUAUAAGGAUGCGAAGAGCACCGCCAUACCUUACAACAAUGAGCCGCUUCUCAACCUGAGCCAUUGUGCCUGUGAUAUCAACAAUGGUUACAAGAAGAAGAAGAACGUCUUCACACUCAAAACUAAAGAUGGAAGUGAGUUUCUGUUCCAUGCUAAAGAUGAGGAUGAUUUGAAGAGCUGGAUCACAAGUAUAACCACUAGUAUAAAUGAGCAUGGAGAGCUUGCCAAACAGGGGCAGACCCAUCUAACUACCUCAUCGACAGACGAGGGAACGCGCAGGGAAGGCAGCAGGGCAGGGGGGUCGGAGAGAGGUGAAAGGUCAGACCGAGCUGACGGAGGAUCAGUGCGCUCAGACAAGGGUGAUAAGCCUGAGAAAAAGACGGGCAAGAAGAAAUGAGGCACCCCACAGCACCUGAUCACCCUCUGAGAGUGCGUCGUGUUGCAAGUGAGACAGGAACCGGGACUUCGCAAAACCAGGAAUGUGGAUCAGUGCUCUGACGGAAUCAGGAAACGAAGGCGUCACAGUGAACUCCCUUUAUGUCUUGCUGUCCAACACUGAGGUGCUCUGGUCUCUGCUGUGGAAAUGCCAUGUAUCAGUGCGCCCUCUAGUGGCUACUGAGUACUAGGACAAUUCAAGAGCUGCAUUUGGGCCAAAGAGCCGAUAACACGAAGGAUAAAAGAGUAAGAUGUUAAAGUAGCUCAUGAAGAUUAUUUUCUAACACGUGUGUGAAGAAGAUGACCCAUAUGAACGUGUACCUGUCUCUCUUUGUAUAUUUUACGUCUCAACAUCAGUUCUAUACAAUCCCACACUGUAAAGAAUGGAAAUAUGCCAAAAUCUGACAAAUCGUUUUUCUGAAGAGCAUGUUUUGUCUGUUUAUUUUGUAAGUUGUUUUGCUCUUUUAUACUAUUAAUGUAUUGAUUUGUAUUAAUUGGCUCUUCAACGCAAUUUUUUUGAUUCUCGUCUUGCCACUUUGUAGACCACAACAAGAUUGAACGCCAGACAUGACAUAUCUGAACAUGCCUACAAGGUAUUUCAAAUGAAGACACAAAGGUUUUUUCCCAAAUAAAGAGAAGCGACUCACUUGCAGUGAGUGUGUAUUCUCAAAUCUGGUUUCUAUGGGUUGUUAGUUUCAUGCAGUAUAAGCUUUUUAUCUAAUAUGGAGGAACAUCUCAAUCAUCAGUAUUAUAUUAUGCAUUAAAUGUAAAAUGUGAGUUAAUUUGGGCAUUUAAUGACAUUUCAAAUGAUCAAUUUUGCUUGGUUGUGUAUGUUUGUGUCUAUGCAUGUACUGCUUUACUCAUGUCAUUUAGCUAUUCUUUUUAAUUUACACUCAGAAGUCUUCCAAGCACAGAACUGAUUGUUUUGUAAAACCUUUAUUUUUUUUCCCUUGUGUCAGUUUAACCAGCAUAUUGGUGAUUGCACUGAAGGCUGAAUGGAUGCAGGCAUUUGAUUUAUCUCAUCCCUGCUAAUGUUAGUUCGAUUUGUGAGAUGCCAACUGAAUGCUAUGUAGAUGUUAUAAUGUGACUGUCUUCCCUGACUGGAUAAAACUGGGUUUAAAAUUUUAUUCUGUUUUUCCAUCAUUGUAUUGAGGUCUUUGAAGUGUGUUGUUCAGCAGGUUUUAGUAUAGAAAGCCCAUAGCUAGCAAAAAUGCAAGGUGUAUCAUACAGAAAUUGCAACAUGCUUUGCAACAGCUCUGCAAACAAGUGCACAUAUUAAAUUGUUUGUUGUUUUGUUGUUUUGAUCAAUUUACAUGCAUCAAUCAACUGAACGCAUGACUGACUAUAUUAUGGCUACAUUUGAAACGCAAUUUUUAAGUAGCGUACUUAUACAGUUGAAGCUAACUCUCGGUGUUAAAGGGAAACAUAAUCGUUUCAGGUCUCAUGUUUGUGCCUCAUUGCCUACAUCUUAAAGUCUGUCAGCUGUAGUCCUUAAUGCACUGUCUGUUCUUGUAAAAAGGCUAGGCAUAAAUAACUUUAGAAGCAAUGGUCCUCUAAGAGAAUCUAUAAAUCAAUCAUUGAAAGAAAGAUGUCCAUGUAAGCCUUUUUCCUCAAUAUCUGCAAGUUCAUUUCUUUAUUUUAACAUGAACAGAGCAUCAUGCAAAUGCUGUUGUAAUGUUCCAUAUUCUGCCAACUUUUUGAAAUAUACUGUCAGCUCUCAUGUCUCUAUACAAUCUCAAAGCAUUGUAUAUAUAUAUAUAUAUAUAUAUAUAUCUAAAGAGUUUUCGGUGUCUGGGUCUGAAUUUCCUUUCCAUUGACUCCUUUGGUUUUGUCUCCAUGUCUUAUUUUUUGUACAAAACGAAAUCCUAUUUUUAUGCAAUGGAAUUACUUAUUCUUAGGCAGAGGGUAUGCAGUAAAAGUAUCCAACAUGGUGGUGGUGGACAGAAACAACGUAUAAACUUGCAAGUAGAACAUUUAUGCAACUUUUCCUUUGCACUAUUACUGCCCCAUUGCACAGUGCUAUAGUGAGCAGAGAAUUGGUUCUUGAGGGUCUGGAUUUCCCGGGUUUCCAAGCAGUAUUACUACAAAACAAUGCAUUCAUUUAGCAUUUGGUUUAUGGAAAUUUGCACAUCUGCAAACACUGUUUCAUUGGUUUGAUAAAAGUAUUGUUUUUAAAGGGGUCAUGACAUGCAGGUAAGGUUCACUUAUAAUAUUAGUAAUAUUAGUCAUAUAUUUGUAAAACAAAUUUUCCACCCUUAUUCUGACCCUCCGUCAGAUACGCUGGGUUGCUUCUUUUAGACUUAACAGUAAACAGACACUGUUCUCAUUGGCUCUCUGCUCUUGACUCAUAUACUCUCUGUACUUGCUCACCACUACUGGGCGGGCUACAGAAGUGAGUAAAGGUAAAUUAGGAAUUGAUGUGUUGUGGAGGCGGUCAGAUGCAAAUGUCAACCACAGUGUGGUUUCAACAAAUGCUGUUUUUGCAGUGAGUAGGAAGUUUUGAGUUCUGAAACGUACAGUAUGUUUUUAUAGUACAAUGACCUCUUGUAUAUCAAAAGAUCAAGAAAAAUGUGAUUCCUCAUGUCAUAACCCCUUUAACAUUUUUUAUCGCAUCUUACAGAUAAUCAUUUUUACCUAAUAUCACAGUAUUUCAGUUACUUUAGAUGUAAAAGCAUAGUUCAAAUGUAAUUAAAGCUGAAGUAUGUAACCUUUUUUGGUGUUAAAACACAUUCUCCUUUUCUUCAGUUGAAUACACUGAGACAACUGUAAGCCACUUGUAGAUUACGUUUCUCAAAAACGGUAAACACUGUGUUUCUGUGGUGCUUUGAAAAUUCCCGUUUGUUUUGAGCGACCUGUCUAGCCUUACACAACAAUAUUGACUUGACCAAUGGCAUGAGUUGGGGGCAGGAUUAUUUGUUUAUUUGAUCAAUGGAAGACGGGGCAUGUUUGGAAAAAUGUUCAUUUUUGCAAUUUCUUUUCUUGGCUACUGGCACAGAAAUUACACUUCAGCUUUAAAUUCAAGAUGGAUUUGAUCCAUUAGAUUAAUAGAAAGCACAAUCGGAAUAUUCAGCUUCACAAUAAAAAGAAUGUUUUAUUUUAGAUGUCUGAUUUAGCAUUUGUGCAAAUGUUUAGGGAUUCAUCCAGAAUUCUGUAUUUUGAAAAGUAGUUUUAAUUCCUUAUUAUCCUUUUAAUAUGCCAGCUUUAAUGUGUUCUAUGGCAGAUGAUGGUUUUUAAUCAGGAUAGGAUGGAACAUUCUUUAGAGGGUUGUGUACAGCCUGUUGAUAGUGUCAGACCCUCAAGCACCACUGGUUUAAGCUCAGCAGCUCGAUUGCCUGUACAAGUUGCUCUUGUUUCUGCUGAGAAAUAAGAACAUUUUGCGGGUUUUAUCAGUUUUGAUUACCAAUGGGGUAGGAGGGGUUAUUUCUCCAGAAAAUUCAAGUUAAGAAAUUCAAAUGAAACUGGACAAUUCAGGUUGCAUGAAUAACAUUGUCCCUGUAAUGGUACUGCUGUGCAUGAUGAAACCUCUCUCAUUCGCACUCACAGCCACUGAACAAGGGUGACACUAAUACACAUGGAAACAGUGAAUGAAUGCUGUAUAAUUCAGAUCCUGACUGACUCUGUACAGUUAAUUCCUUGAUAAAUACAGCUUGUGA